AUGGAGGCUAGGGACGUUUCUACACAUGCUGCAACAGCGUUCCUCCCUACAACAAGUAUUUCAACCACGCUUGACCCAGAUCGUCGGUAUAUUGAUAUAGAAUGCAUUCGUUACUACGUGUACAACAACACACAGACAUGGGAAAGUUCUGAACAAUUAUGUGAAAACGUCGGUGCUGAGCUGGCUUCUUUGUAUACGAGUACAGUCAGCGACAGUGUCAUACAAUUCAUCAUAGACAGUAAUAUGGAUGGUGGAACAAUCAACUAUUGGAUUGGAUUGAAUGACAUUUCAGAAGAGGGAAGUUUUGAAUGGCUCAAUGGAGAUCCAUUUGGAUACACAGACUGGGCGCCUCGUAAUCCAGAUAAUUGGAGAAAUCAAGACUGUGGGCAAUUGUGGACUCAUCGGAAUUUUCAAUGGGAUGAUGACUUUUGCUCCAAUCAUAAUGGAUACAUAUGCCAAAGUUCAGGAUCUCGUUGCGAGACCGAUAUUGACGAAUGUGCCAGCAGUCCAUGUCAUAAUGGUGGAUCGAGAUGCGAGACUGAUAUUAAUGAGUGUGCCAGUAAUCCAUGUGAUAAUGGGGCAACAUGCAUCGAUCAAUUGGACCAUUGUACGUGUAGAUGCAUCAAUGGCUUUUCAGGAUCCAGAUGCCAGACUGAUAUUGAUGAAUGUGCAAGUAGUCCAUGUUAUAACUCAGGUAUAUGCGUGGAUGAGGUGAACCGAUAUGAAUGUAGAUGUAAAGAUGGUUAUUGGGAUAAAUUGCUAUUUCUACUUAUCAGGACCACGAUGCCAACAAAUAUUAAUGAAUGUGAUAGUAAUCCAUGUGAGAACGGUGGCAUAUGUAUUGAUCUGCUCAGCCAAUAUGAAUGUCGAUAUGGCGACGGGUAUGCAGGAUUACAAUGCGAGUCUGAAAUUAACGAAUAUGUUAGUAGUUCAUGCUACAAUGGUGGUACAUGUGUCGAUCACGUGGACGGAUAUAAAUGUACAUGUCAAGAUGGCUACACAGGACAUAGAUGUCAGAUUGAUAUAAACGAAUGUGCCAGCAGUCCGUGUAACAGUCGUGGAGCAUGCACUGAUCACGUGGACCGUUAUGAAUGUACAUGUCAAGAUGGUUAUACAGGAUCACAGUGCAAUAUCAACAUAAAUGAGUGUGCCAGUAGUCCAUGUGACAUUGGCGGCGCAUGCGUCGAUCACGUCAACCAAUAUGAAUGCAUAUGCAAGAGUGGAUAUUCAGGGCCGCAAUGCCAGAUUCAUACUAAUGAAUGUGCCAGCAAGCCGUGCUACAAUGGCGGAAUGUGUAUCGAUCACAUAAUUAACUGUGCACUGGGCGGUGCUACAGUGGAACUUAAGCUGGUGAGGUUUGAAACCAAUAAUGGAAGAAAAUACAAUGGUGAUUGUUGCGAUAUAUUCUGUAAUGCUUGUGAUAUAUAUCUCAAACUUUGUGUUGAGAAGAAAGAUGCUACAUCCUCUGGAGAUUAUUCACUUGGUAGCUCAUGCGUUUACAGGCACGAUACUGCCAAAAUAUAUAGCGAUGACAAUGCAUUCAACUUUCCUACCACAAUUCCAAGUGGCAUAGCUAAUCCUAUACGAAUACAGAUAUCCAAUUACAAUGAUGGAAUAACAUUCAAGGCGGAGUCCUGGGACUUAGACAUUAACUUCCAUGACUUAGUGGACAAGCAUAGAUACACCGUGACACGUUCCGCUGCAGACACUUCCGCUGACGCGCAUUGGAGUUCAACGUACACAGCUACUGGUGUGAAAAAUGCAGAGAUAAAGUUUCAGAUCAAAGUUUACUGCGAUGAAUAUUAUUUCACAUCUACGUGCGGUGUAUACUGCAAAGCGGAGGUCACGUACAACUGUGACCCGGACACUGGUGCUAAAGUUUGCAAAGCGGGCUGGCAUGGAAGUAGUUGUCAUCAGUCAAUCUGUGCCAGUAAUCCGUGUGACAAUGGCGGUACAUGUACAGGAAUAGUGAACGGUUAUACAUGUCAAUGCGUAGACGGAUUCACAGGAUCCCGAUGCCAUAUUAAUAUUAACGAGUGUUCUAGCAGCCCGUGCUACAAUGGUGGUACAUGCAUCGAUCACGUGAACCGAUAUAGAUGUAUAUGUCAAAAUGGCUACGCAGGAUCGAGAUGUCAGACCAAUAUUAACGAAUGUGCCAGCAAUCCUUGCUACAAUGGCGGUACAUGCGUCGAUCACGUGGACAGAUAUGCGUGUACAUGUCAAAAUGGCUACACAGGUUCGAGAUGUCAUACUGAUAUUAACGAAUGUGCUAGUAGUCCAUGCUACAAUGAUGGUACAUGCGUCGAUCACGUGAACCGAUAUAGAUGUACAUGUCAAAAUGGCUACACAGGAUCGAGAUGUCAGACUGAUAUUAACGAAUGUACUAGCAGUCCAUGCUACAAUGGUGGUGCAUGCGUCGAUCACGUGAACCGAUAUACAUGUACUUGUCAAAAUGGCUACACAGGAUCGAGAUGUCAGUUUGAUAUUAACGAAUGUGCUAGUAGUCCAUGCUACAAUGGUGGUACAUGCGUCGAUCACGUGAACGGAUAUGAAUGUACAUGUCAAGAUGGCUACGCAGGAUCGAGAUGUCAGACCCAUAUUAACGAAUGUACCAGCAGCCCUUGCGACAAUGGCGGUACAUGCGUCGAUCACGUGGACAGAUAUGAAUGUACAUGUCAAGAUGGCUACACAGGAUUGAGAUGCCAGACUGAUGUAAACGAAUGUGCCAGCAGUCCAUGCAACAAUGGUGGUACAUGCGUCGAUCACGUGAACCGAUACGAAUGCAGAUGUGUUGGUGGAUAUUCAGGAUUGAGAUGUCAGACUGAAAUUAACGAAUGUGUCAGCAGUCCAUGUGAUAAUGGUGCGACAUGCGUCGAUCACGUGAACCAAUACGAAUGUAUAUGCCACUCUGGAUACACCGGUUCGCGUUGUGAAACCGACAUCGACGAAUGCGUGGGCAGUGACACGAAUUGCCAUAAUGGAGCAGUCUGCCGGAACGUCCCUUUUGGAUACGAAUGUGUAUGUGCGGAUGGAUACACUGGUCGACACUGUGAUACGGAUAUUGAUGAGUGCGCUUCUAACCCAUGUCACAAUACUGGCACUUGCCUCGAUACCGUGAAUGGCUUCACGUGUACAUGUGAUAAGGCUUUCGUGAAAGUGAUUUGUGAUUAUCACUCUGCUGCUCUGAGCUCGGCAAACCCGAUUACAAGCCGCUCUGAACAUACAUUAUUGCUGUUACAUCUAAUACUGGUGUACGUGGUUUGGGAUUGGUAGAAUGUAACCAUAUAUGGUUUCCGAAGAUCCAUAUUAUAGAACAUUUCAGCACAAGAGGUUUGCAGUGACGUUAUUCUUCUCCUGUCACAACAGUAGCUCAUCUGGUGUCCAUCCUGUGUAAUGCCCCACGUGGACUAUUACUUCCAGCAUGCACUUGCUCUAUCGGAAUUUCCCCUUUUUUACUGCUUGUGUGUACUCAGAAAAUCACAUAUUCAGAUAAAUGUAUGUUAACUUAC